UGACCCUUUUCGGACAAACUGAAAGUUGUGUGGCUAUCGCUGUGUGACCAAAACCCAAACCUCCCGCUUCGUUCCUCACUUCCCCUAAUCAACAGUCCCUUUGCCUUCCUGCAACCGCCUUUGUGUUUUUUCCCAGCAUUAUCUUCUUCACUCCAAGAACUAACCCCAAAAUAUAUAAAAAGAGUAUUUCAGUUCAAUCCCUGGCAUGUUAACAACUAGUCGGUGUAUGGAAUCUGAAAAUUGUAUUGCAUUGGGUUUCUCUUCUUAAUUUGUGCGACUUGGACUUAGACUGGAUGAGCUCCCCAUGCCUUUAUUAGAUAUUGCUACAGCACAGCCUUGUUUUCAGAACAAUGUCUGUUCAGUUAGUUCUAGAACCUUCUUUAGUACUAGGUUUGUACACAACAAGGAGUAUAGGUUGUGGAAUUCUUUCUGCAUACCACAAAAAGCUCCAAAUUCAAAAAUUAAGCUAUUUCGGGGUGGAUUGAUGAUAAGGGCAGUAGCCACCCUCGAAAAAGGACCCACCAAAAACACACACAGCAAUGAGGAACAAAACAAUUUUGGUGGUGUGAGGAUGGGCAAAUAUUCAGGAAGCUCGAAUUCUGCUGUUGCCGAGCAACCAAGUGAGGAUGAUAUGGAGUUGAAUGACAGAGAGAAAUUGAGGAGGAUGAGGAUAUCUAAAGCUAAUAAAGGGAACAUACCUUGGAAUAAAGGCAGGAAACACAGUCCAGAAACUUUACAACUGAUUCGAGAGCGUACCAGACUUGCAAUGCAGGAUCCUAAGGUCAAAAUGAAGUUAGUUAAUCUGGGGCACGCUCAAAGUGAGGAAACAAGGAUCAAAAUUGGUGUUGCUGUAAGGAUGGGGUGGGAGAGGCGCCGUGGGAAGUUGAUGCUCCAGGAAACUUGCCACUAUGAGUGGCAAAAUUUAAUUGCAGAAGCUUCUAGGAGAGGCCUUCAAGGUGAGGAAGAGUUGCAGUGGGACUCUUACGAGAUAUUGAACGAACAGCUUGAGCAGGAGUGGAUAAAGAGUGUUGAAGAAAGAAAAAAUAUGCCCAGGCAGAAGGGUAACAAGAGAGCUCCCAAAUCUGCCGAACAGAGGAGGAAGAUUUCAGAGGCCAUUGCAGCCAAAUGGGCUGAUCCCGAAUACCGUACUCGGGUCCGUUCUGCUCUGAAUAAAUAUCAUGGCAUAGCUGAUGGGGUUGAAAGAAAACCAAGUCGAAGGCCUGUUAGUGAUGGACAGACCAGAAAAAGAAGCCCUCCGAAAAAGAAAGCUGAUGAAGUGGAUAAUUUAGUAAAGCUGGAGCCCAAGAGCCAAGUUCAACGUGUUCGAUUGAGGAGAAAACACACACCAAUGUAUAAGGAUCCUUUGGCUAGUUCCAAGUUAGAAAUGUUAAAGAAUAUAAGGGCACAGAGAGCAGCUAUUGACCAGAAGAAGAUUGAAGCCAUUUCGAGAGCAAAAGAAUUGAUAGCUGAGGCUGAGAAGGCUGCAGAGGCCCUGGAAAUAGCUGCCCAGAAGAGCCCUGUUGCUCAUGCAUCGCUCAUUGAAACACGGAAGCUCAUUUCUGAAGCAAUCCAGUCCAUUGAAUCUAUAGAGAAAGAGGUGGCUUUUACAGAUGGAAAUCUUUCACCACCUUCAACUGAGCUGAUAAGCCACACUGCAGCUGAGAUUGGAGCUCUAGAUGAUGCUGGUGAAAGAAUAAAUGGUUGGCAUGCUGUGAUGCCUCUGGAAAGUGGUAUCAAUGAUUUAGAAAAUGGACAACAUGCCUUGCAAGGUUUACUGAAUGGUAAAAGCAGUGCUCUCUUGUCAAGCUCGGGUGAAUAUGACUCACUGGGUGACAGGGACGAAGUCUAUCAAUUGAUUUCCAGUGUGAUUUCUCCCGAAAAAGGAGCCAAUAUCACACAGCCCUCCACCUCCACUCAGAAACUUGACGGAGAUGAAGCUAAUGAAAGCCCAGGAGAUGAAAAGAAACCACUUCCAAACGGAUUGAUAUCUGAGUCAAAGAUUGAGGAGGCGCCAAGUCUGCCCCCGACAACCACCACCAAGAAAUGGGUACGUGGGAAGCUGGUUGAAGUAGGUGAAGGAUCUUAGAUUAGAAGAAGGAAAAUAUGGAGUAUCUGAUUUACACACUUGGAUUGCAUCUCAUGGGUGCAAUAUAGAGUAAUAAUUUAUGGUUACAACAAAUUUUUGACGAACACUUUUCUCUGCAAAUCGCAGUCGAAGCUUCGCGCUGCUUGAUAGUUGCAAUAGGCUUUUCGUUCUCUAGUUUCAUGCUUAGAUACAUAUUCUCUUGUAAUAUAAAUAUCUUUUCCAUGACCAUUUCUGUAAAGUUUCAGCAUAGAACUGGCCGCAUUGUAAUUUUAAUUUUUAUUCCAAUUUUGGUGACA